AUGUCUGAGCCGCCCCGGGCUGAGACCUUUGUAUUCCUGGACCUGGAAGCCACUGGGCUCCCAAACAUGGAUCCUGAGAUUGCGGAGAUAUCCCUUUUUGCUGUUCACCGCUCUUGCCUGGAGAACCCAGAGCGGGACGAUUCUGGUGCUCUGGUGCUGCCCCGUGUGCUGGACAAGCUCACACUGUGCAUGUGCCCGGAGCGCCCCUUUACUGCCAAGGCCAGUGAGAUUACUGGUUUGAGCAGCGAAGGCCUGAUGCACUGCCGAAAGGCAGCUUUCAAUACCGAUGUGGUGCGGACACUGCAGGGCUUCCUGAGCCGCCAGGAAGGCCCCAUCUGCCUCGUGGCCCACAAUGGCUUUGAUUAUGACUUCCCACUACUUUGCACAGAGCUACAACGCCUGGGUGCUCAUCUGCCCCAAGACACUGUCUGCCUGGACACACUGCCUGCGCUGAGGGGCCUGGACCGUGCUCACAGUCAUGGCACCAGGGCUCAAGGCCGCAAGAGCUACAGCCUGGCUAGUCUCUUCCACCGCUACUUCCAGGCUGAGCCCAGUGCUGCCCAUUCAGCAGAGGGUGAUGUGCACACACUGCUUCUGAUCUUCCUGCAUCGGGCUGCUGAGCUGCUCACCUGGGCCGAUGAGCAGGCCCGCAGCUGGGCUCACAUUGAGCCCAUGUAUGUGCCAUCUGAUGGUCCAAACUUUGAGGCCUGA